AUGGGUAAGAGUUUCUCAGUGAAGGUGAUUGAGAAGGUGGUGGUGGGUGCAGAAGAGCCAUGGAAUGAUCGGUGGUUACCCUUCACAAACCUGGACGUGGUUCUCCCGACUUUUGAUGCUGCUUCUUUCUUCUGCUACAACAAACCCUCCCAUGGAAGUAGUUUCCCCACCAUGCUUAACACCCUCAAAGCUUCCUUAUCUCAAGCUCUCACACUCUUCUAUCCUCUCGCCGGUGACAUCCAAUGGAAUGCAGCUGCCGGAGAGAAUCAGAUUCACUGCAACAACCAAGGCGUCGACUUCACCCAUGCCGUUGCAGAUGUGCAGCUGAAGGAACUCGAUUUCUACAAUCCAGAUGAGAGCAUUGAGGGUAAACUAGUACCCAAGAAGCUACGUGGGGUGCUUGCUGUCCAGGUUACGGAGUUAAAAUGCGGAGGGAUGGUGAUAGGGUGCAUGUUUGAGCAUAAGACAGCGGAUGGAUACUCGGCUAACAUGUUUAUCUCAGCAUGGGCGGACAUGGCUCGAGCGAAAACCCCAUCUAUGUUACCCUCCUUUUCGAGGUCGGUCCUGAAACCGAGGAGCCCACCUACUUAUAGUUGUUCGUCAGUGUUCGAGCAUAUUGUUGCUACGCUUGAACCAUCACUCAUGCCAGAUAAUGAUGAAAACCAGAAUGAUGAUGAUCAACUCAUUAACCGUGUAUACUACAUGGAGGGUGAGCAAAUCAACAAGAUACAGUUGUUGGCAAGUGAAAAUGGGAGUAAGAGAUCGAAGUUUGAGGCGUUCAUCUCUUUCUUGUGGAAGGCAAUUGGGAUGAGCAUGGAAGAGUUGGGAAAUGAGAAGGAGAGGUACUGUAAUGUGGCUAUUCCAGUUGAUGGAAGGAGAAGGUUGAGUGAAGGAGAUGGAGAAGAGAAACAAAAACUAAUGGCUUCGCACUUUGGCAAUGUUGUAACGUUGCCGUUUGGGGGAAAAGGAUCGCAGGAGUUGGUUGAGAUGCCAUUGAGCAAUGUAGCCACGGAGGUUCAUGAGUUGUUGCACACCGUCACUGGAAAAGACCAUUUCGUAGACCUGAUAGAUUGGGUGGAAGAACGACGGUCACAUCUACUGAUACCAAGAGCAUUUGUCAACAAAGACAUGACGGUAAUCGUGUCGUCCGGACAAAGGUUCCAGUUCAUGAAUGAGAUGGACUUCGGGUGGGGCAAGGUGGCGUUCGGAUCAUGCCAUAUUCCACCUACAAGGAAAGACUGUUACGUCAUGACAUUGCCUGGUCCCAUCACCAACAAUCAGGAUUGGGUUGUCUACAUGCAUCUGCCAAUCAAACAUAUCAACUACAUCGAGGCACAUGCAAGUCACGUGUUUAAGCCCGUCAAUGCCGAUUACCUCAAUAUUUAACACACUUUCGAUCUAUCGGUUCAAUUCGUGUUGUUGUGUUGUAAAAUUAAUAAUACAUUGUAUACGUAUGCUAAAAUUUUAAUUGAUUCUGUUCCAAA